CGACAGUCUUCUACAGUGUCUUUACGACAUAGAAAUGUGCUAUCACAGCGGAGUCAGUAACCGUCAAAGACAACACAGCUUUGUGGAAACAAUCAAACAGAGGAAGUAGGAUGCAGUUCGUGUUCGUCACUUCAUGUAUCAUUUUACUGCUGGGCUUCACGCUCUCGGCAUCCCGGUUCUCAAACCAUAGGUGCGACAUUGCAAACUGGUGGGCGAGCUUAGAUAGGAAAGCAUGGUCUGUUUGUCCCAAAACCAACACCUACCUCCGAGGAUUUUGGAGGAGUGCUUAUAAACCGGGAGACGAAAGAGUUGGACGCCUGGAAGAGGGAAGGUGCUGCGAUGCUGUGCUGCCCCAAUAUGCAGGCCAACUGGCAACGUGUUCAGAUGUGGACUUGUCAGACAAGUUUAAUCAGCAAAACGUCUGGGCGCUUUGUCCUCACGGUUAUUUCAUGAAUGGCCUCAGACUUGGUUUUGCCCCUCCUGCGUUUUUGAACAACAUAGACGAGGCAAAAUGUUGUCGUCCACAGAACCAUCCCAGAAGUUAUGAAAAAUGUUACGAUGAAGAUGUUACCGUUCCAUUUGACAAAAAAGGAUGGAGUGAAUGCCAGAAGGACGAGUUUUACAUGACCGGUUUCUACAAAAGUAGAUGUGAUGAGCUCAACUGUAUUGAGAAGUUCAAAUGUUGCAAGAUGAAAGUUGGUAAUAUUCUUUGCUUACGUGAUUAA